AUGUCAUUUUCAUUUAAAACAUUAUUUAACCGGAUUAAAGGUGGGAGAGUUCCAACUGAUGGGUCUCCUGUAAUGGUUUACGCUUUGGGAGUACUAAAUUUUAUUUUAUUUGGAUUCGGUACUGCAAUUAGCGGUAUCAUAAACGGCUGCACUGAGGAUAUCGCAAUUGGAUUCAUGCAGUUCAUCUUACCAUUUGUUGGCUGGGUUUGGUCUGUGAUUUGGGGCUUCCUAAUGAUCUCAGAUAAAUUCAGAGAUUACAAAUACCAAGGUUCCGACGCAACCCCUAUCUAUGAUAAUGUUUGA